AUGCGUCGAUCUUUCAAAUCAAAAACCUCUCCUCAUAAGUUUAAUAUCUUAGUUGUGGAUGAUGAUCAUACAUCUCUUUCUAUUGUAGCAGCUAUAUUGAAAACAUCGCACUUUGAAGCUAUGACUGUCAAAUCUCCAUUGGAUGCUCUAGCUACUGUCAGGGCAAGGCAUGAUCGUAUCGACCUUGUCCUCACCGAUCUCCAUAUGCCUGAAAUGAACGGGAUAGAACUGCAAAAACAAAUCCAGGAAGAAUGUAAUCAUAUGCCUGUCAUUAUAAUGUCCUCAGAUGACAGAGAGAGUGUCAUACUGGAGAGCUUAGCAAGUGGCGCUGUGUUUUACAUAGUAAAACCGAUCAACCCAGAUGAUCUGAAAAUUGUGUGGCAAUAUGCAAUUAAAUCUACGAAACGUAAAUCUAUGCACAUUGAGGAAAUUGGUAGCAUCCAUUCUGGAGGAUCCUUAGCUCCUAAGGAUGUUAAUUCAGCAUCAUCUGUGAACCAAGAAACUCAUGCACGUAACAAAAGAAAGUAUUCCAGAAGGGGGAAAGAAUCCAUGGAAGAAGAAAACCCCGUUGCUCCAAAGAAGGCCAAGUUGGUUUGGACAGAUUCUCUUCAGAGUCUCUUUUUGCAUGCCAUAAACCAUAUAAGCCUAGAAAAGGCUGUCCCCAAGAAAAUUCUUGAAUGCAUGAAUGUUCCAGGCUUAACUAGAGAAAAUGUCGCUAGCCAUUUGCAGAAGUACAGGAUCUUCCUGAAACGAGUCGCAGAGAAAGGCGCUAGUGUCACAACCAAGAACUACUCUACAAAGAAUAACGUUAUGUCCAGUAGUUUUGCUGCAUCAGGGCAGUCUUCAUUGUUAUUACUUAAUCAUUCUCCACAAGACAGUCAGCAAUUCCAAGGAAAACAGCCAACGAGAGCUUCAUUUCAACCUCCUGGUUAUGGAGGCCUGUGGGCUCUUAAUGGUGCCAACAUUGGCGCAAGGCUCGGAGCUUCAAGCAGUUCUGCGUAUCAACUCGGUUCGCAGCUGGGAAAUCAAGCAAAUGUGUACCAACCGAACUUUGGUAACACAAAUCCUCUCUAUCCGGCAAAUCGCACCACUUUCGGAAAGGGAUCAAAUGGCUUUGUUCACGAUCUUCCUCCAAAUUAUUCUGGGAUGCCAAUAACUGAUGCUAUGGAGGCCCUUCGAAUAAACCAAACGACACCCAAUGUUAAUUUUCUAAAUGGUGGUUGUGGCUUCAUCAAUUUGGCUCACAAUGACAAUAUGAGAAUUGGGCCAACUGGAAGUGCCCCAUUUGCUUAUUUCCCUCCUGGAAAACCUUCAUCUGUAGGGUUUUAUCCUGCAAAUUACCCAUUCCAACAGGUGUAUGCCGGUGUGAAUCAACAAGGCAGCAACCCAGCGCUGUCACAACUGCUGAUGCAACAAUAUAAUCUCGUCAAUGGUGGACAAAGUAAUGCUUCUGUCUUUGGUUAUCCAUGGCAACUCGGGGAAGGUAAAAUUUCUGACAUUCUGCUGGGGACGACAAACUAUCCAUUUCCAUAUCAGCAACAAGGUGGUGAAGGUUUCCUGAGCCCUAACUUUCCUAGCAACUCAAAUUUUGGUGAAGUGAAUUCUCAGAGAAAUCCAUCAAUGAACCAGGGUUUUUCUAGCGCAGUUGGUGUUGAAAAAAAAAAUGAACCAACUCUAGAAGAAGCAAGGAAACCGGAUUUGGAGAAUGGAAAACGUCCCAUUGAUGACUACUUCCCAAGCUUUAAUCCAGACCCACGUUUCCAGCAACAAGGAAACGAAGAGCAAGUCAACUUUGGGAGAAACGGCCUGCUGGUCGAUAAUGUCCUUUCAGGAAAUCAAGAAUGGAACGACGACUACUUGAACCAUUUGCUCGUUGAUCGCCCGUUUUGA